AUAAGUAUUACAUUUAAUGCAAUCAUGCCGAGUGAAAAUCUUGAAGAACAAGGCUUAGCCAAGAAUCCUAAGCUUGAAUUGGCACAAUUGAAAUUUUUGCUUAUAAUCGAUACAAAUGAACACAAGAAAAAACAUAAAACUAAUUUACUGGACGCCAUCAAGGAAGAUAGUAUGGCUCCAUUUUAUGAAGAAAUCUGUAAAGAUCUUGACUGGAAAGUAGAUGAAGGCCUACUGAAUACUAUGAAAAAUGCAAACACAGAGAAGUUGAAAAAGCUCGAUGAAGCGAUUGAAGAUGCUGAAAAAAACUUAGGAGAAACUGAAAUUAGAGACUUUAUGUUGGAGAAAGCUGAAUAUUUGAGUAAAAUUGGUGAUAAGGAAGGUGCUUUGAGUCAGUUCAGGAAGACAUAUGACAAAACUGUUGCCCUUGGUUACCGUCUUGAUAUUGUAUUCCACUUGAUCCGACUUGGACUUUUCUACAUGGACCAUGAUCUCAUUAAGAAAAACCUAGAAAAAGCACAGAGUUUAAUUGAUGAAGGAGGUGACUGGGACCGCCGGAACCGACUGAAGGUUUAUCGAGGAGUUUACAGUAUGUCUGUGAGAGAUUUCAAACACGCGGCCACUCUCUUCCUCGACACUGUGGCAACGUUCACAUCCUACGAGCUGAUGGAUUACCAGACAUUUGUCAUGUACACAGUGUUUUGCAGCAUGAUUUCUCUGGAGCGCACAGAUUUGAGAGAAAAGGUUGUGAAGGGGUCUGAGAUUCUGGAAGUUCUGCACAGUCUGACUGUAAUCCGAGAGUAUUUGUUUUCACUGUAUGACUGUCACUAUCAGGACUUCUUCAGAUGUCUCGCACACGUGGAAGACAUCAUGAAGAAGGACCGAAUGCUCGCCCCACACUGCCAGUACUAUGUGAGGGAAAUGAGAAUAAUGACCUACGCUCAGUUGCUGGAAUCGUACCGUAGUUUGACACUGCAGUACAUGGCCAACGCUUUUGGAGUCACUGUUGAGUUCAUGGACAAAGAACUCGCAAGAUUUAUAGCAGCUGGAAGAUUACACUGCAAGAUUGAUAAAGUAGGAGGCAUUGUGGAGACAAAUCGUCCCGACAGCAAGAACUGGCAGUAUCAGGCUACCAUUAAACAAGGAGAUGUCCUGUUGAAUCGAGUACAAAAACUGAGCCGUGUUAUUAAUAUCUAACAUAGACUGUGACUUACUUCUGUUCAUGAACACUGGAUGAUACAUUUGCAGUUGAUUGUAUUUAUAUCUCUCAUCAUUCAUUACAUUUCAUUUAUGAGAACGUUUUGAAUAUUGACUGAAACAUAUUCAAACAUUUAAUUGAUCUGCCAAUAAAUAUUUGUUAUAAA